AAAGGCAAAGGCGUUUUCUUCUUCCCCUCUUUUCAUUGUGUACAGUUACCCUCUGCGUGACACACACAUAUGUGCCAUUACACGUACCCCGUGUGUUCCAGUUCACGCUCAGCAAACACGAAUACAAGUGUCAGCAAAACCCCAUUUUGUCUUUAUUCCACACCCCCUUUCUUCCCAUCUUUAAUGGCUUAACCAUUCCAUUCCGAUCCUAGACCACCCACCAGAAGGCGUACCUUUGACAAAAUGGUAGAAGAUAGAGGCCCAUAAUGCCUAAUCGUGGGUAAUUAUUGUCACGAUGUUUUGAUUAAAGACGACACCGUGAUAGGAGAGUCACUGGGCGGCGCCGCCUCCUUUAUCUCCGGUGUCCUUGAUGUGUUUUCCAUCUCCUCCACUUACAUCUCUAAGGUGGGUACCGAUUUUUCCUACCCUGUCACCCACCCGGCAUUAAUUUGCCCCUCAUUCAAAACCACCGUCUUUCAUGCCCAUUUUUCCUCUGAGAUCAAACGGGAGGAACGGGUCCUUAAACGGGUCUGUGCCUGCGACCCGAUAGCUCUUGAUGAUCUCCCAAACUCGCAUUUUAGCUUCGGGUUGGCGGUUGGUGUGGGAGGUGAAAUUUUGCCGGAAACAUUAGAAAAAAUGCUUGAUAUUUGUGAUAUAGUAUUUGUGGACAUCCAGGCUUUGAUUCGGGUUUUUGAUUCGAUCGAUGGAACGGUAAUGCUUGUUGAUUUGAGAGAAACCGAGUUCUAUCGAUUGCUCCCUCGAAUAAGAUUCUUGAAGGCCUCGACUGAUGAGGCGCCUUAUGUGGAUGUAGAGGAGGUGAGGAAGUGCUGCUGCUUGGUGGUAACCAAUGGGAAAGAAGGGUGCAUGUUGUAUGAGAAGGACAAAGCACAGCAGGUUGCUCCUUUUCCAACUAUUGAGGUUGAUCCCACAGGCGCCGGGGAUAGUUUUCUUGGGGGGCUUGUGGAGGGGUUGGGGGUGCCUGAGGCUGCAUUGUUGGGGAACCUUUUUGGGUCUCUUACAGUCGGAGUCAUUGGGCUUCCCAAGUUCGAUUUGAAGUUAUUGCAGAGAGUUAAGGAUGAAGUGCAGCAGAUGAGGUUGCGAUGCGCACGAUGCCCUGAAUGCCAAAAUGGUGAAUUAAUGUUUAUGAAGUCAAUAGAUCACGAGCAAUUCCAUAAUGUACUAGGUGCAGCAGCUAAAUUAACUUCCACUCAUCCCACACAAGAGUGUCAAUGGGACUUGCCACGUUCACCCACUGCAGAACAGUCUAUCCACAGCCAGUGCAGCGGUCAACAAAAAUCGAUAUUGAGCUCCUUCUAUGAAGAAGUGAUUAAAUCUCCAGAUGAUAUACUGGGACAAAAUUGAAAACAUCUCCUCCAAAAAACCCAAAAAAAAAAAAAAAAAAAAAAAAAAAAAAAAAAAAAAAAAAAAAAAAAAAAAAAAAAAAAAAAAACGAAAUGAAAAUACAACAGAAAGAAGAAAACAAGAAUUGGUUGAAUAUACAGUACAAGUUCUCAUCAGUUUUGGUUGUAGGCUUGCAUUUAGAGGUGAUGUUCUCAUUUCUCUUUAUUGAAAUAAUGGUUCCAUUGCUAGUCAAUGAGAAAAUGAUACACUUCUGUUUCACACUCGUUAUUGUUAAUUUUAAUAUGUUAUCAUGGUUCAGUUA